UAUAAAAAGUUAUCAGCAUUCUGAUCAAUUUAGGUGAACUAAGAGUUUUAUUUUUUAAGUUAUUAAGCUUUAUAUAUGAAGAGUAAUAUUAGCUUAUUUUUCCAGUGAACUAUAAAUUUAGGAGGUUCAGAUUAACUGUUCACACAAACUCAAAAUGUACACAGCAUUAUUUUUAACUCUGACAACACUGGUCUUGAUUUGCCUUAAGAGUGUGAGUUUGAAUUUUUAGAAUGUUUCUAAACCUGUAAUUCCUUUGAGAAUUUCUUUUUGUUUCCUUUUUCUAGCAUAUUUAAAGUAUUACUUUCUUUGCUUAUUUAGCUCUGUAAAGCAAAAAAAAAAAAUAUUUGAGAGGACCAGGAAAUCCUCAGAAUUACAGUUCUGAUGGGAUUUACUUUGGGAACUGAGAGGAGAUAUAACGGGCUAAUGUAGCUAGUUAGACUCACUUUUUUUUUUUUUUUUUACAGGCAGAGUUAGACAGUGAGAGAGAGAAACAGAGAGAAAGGUCUUCCUUCUGCUGGUUCACCCCCCAAAUGGCCGCUACGGCUGGCGCGCUGCACCAAUCCGAAGCCAGGAGCCAGGGGUUUCUUCCUGGUCUCGCAUGCAGGUGCAGGGCCCAAGCACUUGGGCCAUCCUCCACUGCCCUCCCAGGCCACAGCAGAGAGGACUGGAAGAGGAGCAACCAGGACAGAACCGGCACCCCAACCGGGACUAGAACCCAUAAUGCCGGCACCGCAGGCAGAGGAUUAGCCUAGUGAGCUGCGGCGCUGGCCAGUUAGACUCACUUUUAAGGCAAAUUGGUUCUAUCAGAUGUAUUCAUUAGUAUCUUAGUGAAACUUUUUUUAAUAAAGACUUUUUAUUUAUUUGAAAGGCAGAGUUAGAGGAAGAGACAGAUCUUCCAUCUGCUGAUUCACUCCCCAAAUGGCCAUAAUGGUUGAGGCUGUGCAAGGCCAAAACCAGGAGCCAGGAGCUUCAUCCAGGUCUUCAAUGCGGGUGGCAGAGGUCCAAGCACUUGGGCCAUCUUCCACUGCUUUCCCCGGCCGUAGCAGAGAGCUGGAUUGGAAGUGGAGCAGCAGGGACUCGAACCAGCACCCAUAUGGGAUGCUAGCACUGCAGGUGGCAGCUGUACCCACUACACCACAGUGCCAGCCCCAUACAUAUCUUUAAAAAAUAAUAAUAAUAAUAAAAAAGAUAGGUUUACAACAGUGAUUUGUUUGGUCUAGGAGUAGUGAGGUGACACAUAAUUUUUGCUUUUACUUUCUUUUAUGCCCACUUGCCCUUCAAAGUUUUACAACAUAAUUGUUUUAAAAGAAGAUACUGAUCACAGUUUAUAAGUGGGCCCACAUGUAAUUACAGGCAAUGUGCAUAUUGGAGUCUUCAAACACUACUGUGUAGUGUAUCUUUACUCUCUUGAACAACCACAAAGCCGGACAGGCUUGCUUUCUUGAGAGAACUGCAAAGAAUGCUACUAAGAAGACCAAAGUGAGCGUGAAAACUCAGCUUACACUUUGGAAAGAUUUAUAUGUGGAGAUGGAGACAGUGAGGUAUGAAGUACGUUUCCUAUUGUAAAAUGGACAAAAACUGAAUAAAAAUAUCCUGUGCUAGGCAGACUAUGAACUUUUUAAAAACAGUGUGAUUAUUAUUUAUGAGACCGGAAAAUCCAGACUCUUUUUUUAGCGCACGGCAGAACCACACUGUAUAUCAGAAACUCACCCAUGCCCAGUCCUGUAUUCCAAGGCCAAGAAAGAACACAAAGGACUUCUGAUUCUAGGAACAGGCUUAACAUUAUGCACCAGGGGCCGGUGCUGUGGUGUGAUGGGGAAAGCUGCUGCAUACAGUGCCGGCAUCUCAUAUGGGCACGGUUCAAGUCUCAGCUGCUCCACUUCUGAUCCAGCCCUCUGGUAUGGCCUGGGAAAGCAGUAGAAGAUAUCCCGAGUCCUUGGGCCCCUGCAACUGCAUGGGAGACCAGCAAGAAGCUCCUGUCUCCUGGCUUCGGAUCUGCAUAGCUCCAGCCGUUGCAGCUAAUUGGGGAAUGAAGCAGUGGAUGGAAGACCUUUCUCUCUCUCUGCCUCUCCUUCUCUCUGUAUAACUCUUUCAAAUAAAUAAAUAAAUCUUUUAAAAAAAGUAUGCGCCAUUUGGAAGUGAGUUUUAGCACAGUUGCACCAGUGAAUCCCUGUCUAAAGAAGACGUCUGGAUUCUGUCCUUUAUUAUUUGUUAGCAUCUUUAUUGAGAUAGGAUUUGCUUACUUAGAAGUCAUGGAGUUGUACAACUAUUACUACAGUAAAUGUUAAAACAAUUUUCUUACUCCCAAAUAAACCCCUCCCUCCUUAGAUUUCACUCUCCAACCCUACCCCAUACAUUGAACUCUUGGAAGGCCCCAAUGUGUCUUCUGUCUCAGUAAAUGUCUACUCAGGACAUUUUGUAUAGAUGUGUGGCCUUUUGUGUCUGGAUUUUUUCAUUCAGCAUAAUGUUUUCAAGAUUUAUUCACAUUGUAGCAUGUGUCAGUGCCGUUCCUCUUUGUGACUGAGUAAAGUUUCCCUGUAUGAGAAAAACAAGAUACUGAAAAUGCAAAUAAACACAAUUAAGCAAACAGAAACUAGUGUUGAUGCUAGCAGUACAGGAUUUGAGUAAACAAAUACUUAAGUGAAACCAUGACGAAACUUCUAGUGUCAUAAAUUUAUUAAUUUGUUCUAGAAAGUCAAGUUCUGUGCUUCUGCAUGUAGAAGAGAAAUUUCUAGAGCCAUGGUUUUCAACCCAACAUUUUUCUUCACAUCCAUUCAAUGUGCUGUGGAUUCCAUUCCCGAUGCUUCACCUGCCCUAAAGAAUGUUACCUGUAGCUGAUGAAUGCUGACGAUGAGAAAAACCUGCUUUCACUUAAUCAGUAUUAUGCAGGCCUGAACAUCUCAGCCCCGGUGCCUGCCCAGAAGUACAGAAAUUAUCACUGCUCCAGGCUCAUAGAAAGGACUGUAUUGUAUGAUACUGAAUUGUCUUCAUGUCUGAUAACUUCAUACAUGUUAACCUUGGAGAAGUAUUUAGUAUUUUAUAGCUGCUACACUGUAUUUUAUAAUCAUUAGAAUUCUUCUUAUGUGCAUUCCCUACAACUGCUUUUACAAAUGAAGGGAUAAAGUUCAGAUAUGAUAGCUUGCCAAAAACCAAAGUGACUUCUUCAGGGCAUGAGCAGUGUCAUCUCAUGCAGUGUUGUGAUCAGUAAGUAAGCAGAGUGGGACCAUCCAUGGGCUGAGCCUGGGCUCACGAAGGUGGAGUUUCAGUCUUCUCUUCAGAGUUCAGAGAGUCACAGGGCUUUUCAUUCAGAAGCAUCUUCUUCCUUGUCCUCAGCGAACUAGGACCAGCGUCUCAGGCUUGAUUUUAUGAACUUAGAAAUAAGAGAAGUGAAAUGAAGUGAAAAAUACGAGAAGAAACAUUAGGACACUCUGGAAUUCUAUUCUGGUGAUCUUCUGGUCCUUCAUGGAAGCCUUUAGUAGGUUUUUUCUUUGUGAUACUAAAUCAAGUUACCCAAACAAUAUUGUUUAGAAUGUUUUUUAUCUUCUUAUGCUGUUCUCUCAGCUUAAUCUGAUUUAAAUCAGAAGGUAAAUGUAAAUGUUGAAUUACUGUCCUGUAGCUUUAAAUCCAACCAGUUAGAUGCUUUUGUCUUUUAUAAAAGAUGCUCACAGCUGGAGAAGAGAGGCAGAUACUGUUUGUGAUCUCCAUUCUCAAACUAUUCAUUUGCAUUAGCAGCUCUAGCAGACAGCCGCGCGCGCGCGCACACACACACACACACACACACACACGGAUGCUUGUUUGGCAGAAGCUUUCUGUUUGUUCAGCAGAGUCCUCCCAGGCUCCCAGAUGGAGAAAGCUGAAAGAGUUGAUGCAGGAAGGAGACAGAACCGGAACUGCACGUAGGCUGAGAUUGAGCGGUUGGAAGUAAGCAGCCUUGCCCAGACUUCCAGUGCGGUAGCCUCCAGCACCGAUGGCAGCAUCCAUACAGACUCUGUGGAUGGAAUCCCAGACCCUCAGCGCACAAAGGCUGCCAUUGCUCACCUGCAGCAGAAGAUCCUGAAGCUCACGGAACAGAUCAAGAUUGCCCAGACGGCCCGAGACGACAACGUCGCCGAGUACCUGAAGCUUGCCAACAGUGCAGACAAGCAGCAGGCUGCCCGCAUCAAGCAGGUCUUUGAGAAGAAGAACCAGAAAUCUGCCCAAACCAUCCUGCAGCUGCAGAAGAAGCUUGAGCACUAUCACAGGAAGCUCCGAGAGGUAGAGCAGAAUGGGAUCCCCCGGCAGCCAAAGGAUGUCUUCAGGGACAUGCACCAGGGCCUAAAGGAUGUGGGAGCCAAGGUGACUGGCUUCAGUGAAGGUGUGGUAGACAGUGUCAAAGGCGGCUUUUCCAGCUUCUCCCAGGCCACCCAUUCAGCAGCAGGGGCUGUGGUCUCAAAGCCCAGAGAGAUUGCCUCGCUGAUUCGGAACAAAUUUGGCAGUGCAGACAAUAUUCCUAACCUGAAGGACUCUUUGGAGGAAGGGCAAGUGGAUGAUGGAAAGGCUUUGGGGGUGAUUUCAAACUUUCAGUCGAGCCCAAAAUAUGGUAGUGAAGAAGAUUGUUCUAGUGCCACUUCGGGCUCAGUGGGAGCCAACAGCACCACUGGGGGCAUCGGCGUAGGAGCAUCAAGCUCCAAAACUAACACCCUGGACAUGCAGAGCUCAGGAUUUGAUGCGCUGCUACAUGAGAUCCAGGAGAUCCGGGAGACCCAGGCCAGACUAGAGGAAUCCUUUGAGACCCUCAAAGAACAUUAUCAGAGGGACUAUUCCUUAAUAAUGCAGACCUUGCAGGAGGAGCGAUAUAGAUGUGAACGAUUAGAAGAACAAUUAAAUGACCUAACGGAGCUCCACCAGAACGAAAUUUUGAACCUGAAACAAGAAUUGGCCAGCAUGGAAGAGAAAAUCGCAUAUCAGUCCUAUGAACGGGCCCGGGACAUUCAGGAGGCCCUGGAGGCGUGCCAGACCCGCAUCUCCAAGAUGGAGCUGCAGCAGCAGCAGCAGCAGGUGGUGCAGCUGGAAGGGCUGGAGAACGCCACUGCCCGGAACCUGCUGGGCAAGCUCAUCAACAUCCUGCUGGCCGUCAUGGCUGUCCUGCUGGUCUUCGUGUCCACCGUGGCCAACUGCGUGGUCCCGCUCAUGAAGACUCGCAACAGGACGUUCAGCACUUUACUCCUGGUGGUGUUCAUGGCCUUUCUCUGGAAGCACUGGGACGCCCUCUCGAGCUACGUGGAGCGCUUCUUCUCGUCCCCCAGAUGACACUGGCGCGCGCUGGCACACAAGGCCAUUCUCCCUCCCCCGGCGAGUGCAUGCAGUGGAGUCACACAGCAGCGUACCUACUCGGAAGUUUUCUACAACAAGAGUUGAGUGAAUCUGUUUACAUUUAGAAUAAUGUUUUUUUUUCUUCAAGAGACGCAAUUGCAAUAGUAUUUUUUAGAUUUUAUCCAAGAAGUUUUUUGGGCAAAAAUCUUGGAUCAUUUUUAUGUAGCAUGAUUUUCCUUGGGAUGCAAAUCUUCAACAGUCCUUUCACAUGAACCCACAGUCGGGAGCACACUGAAGGGCAUUCUCAAUUGUGGCUUGAAGGACUGCACUAAAACCCACUACCAAGAUGUGAGAACCUGACUAGGGCAAAGCAGUUCACCGUAACACCCCCUUCCCUGGGCUCACCGCCUCCUCCCCUCCCACACUAACUGUACUGUGAAAUCCUACCACAUUCCGUGGCUGAAUGUCUGGAUUCAGGGUGGAUGUUCCUUGUCCGUGGAAGAACACAUGGAUCUCCCUGGCUUCUCACCCAAGCUGACUCACGUUCAUCCUGGAAGUAUGAUCCCUUUUGAACCUGUCCCCUUAACCUUUGCUAGGAUACGAAACUGAGAGCACGCGCCCCCAGGAUCACUGCGCAGGCCCACUGGAGUCCUUUGAAGUAGCCCUCUGAAUCCCUGAUUUUAAGCAAAAUCCCUUGGCCGCACUUUUAAGUUUUUUUAUAUGUGUAUAGUUACCACCUUAAAAAUAAAAAAUCCGAACAGCAUACUUGAAGAAUGUAAUACUCAAACUCUCAGUGCUUCCUUAUGGUUUCUAAUAGGAUUUUUUAUUAUUGUUAUUAUUAUUGGGUUUUUUUGGAAAGGGUUGGGAGGGUGUUUUAUUUUUCCUUUGAAAUAAAGAAGUGAUGUUUUUAAAUGAAGAAA